AUGCUUACUUAUCCGUUCAAAAAUGUGUUUUGUAAAUACUGCAUGCAAGAUGCAAUACCAUUUCAUGGCCCACUUUUACAUUUUUCAUCCCGGUAUUUACACAACCGAUCUAAACCUUUCGAAUAUGGGCUCCAUAUUUCUUACAUGAUGCACUCCAUUCUUGAAAAUAUAAAAAGCGAAAGAAAUAAAUCAGAUUUCAAAUUCCCCCCACCAUCGUCCGAUAAUUUGCAAUUAAACAUCACCAAUCUGAUCUCGCUUAGCAAAGCAGCCUUCGCCGAAAAGAAUUGUGAUUCAGAUCUUUUUCAAUCAAUUCACCGAACCUAUGAUGAUGACUCAUGCUCCUGUCAUUUUGGAUGUACAACAAGUUGUUGUGAUGAUCUUGCUUUCAAACAACCUCUGUCUUGUAUCAGUGAUGCAUUUCCUCCACGGGAAACGAACAAUGGUGGUUAUUAUGUCUUAAACGAAUUUCCUACGACAGACAAAGCACUCUACACUCUCUGUACUAUUCAACACAUAGAUGGUGACAUAACUUUUCAAAUUCCGGUGACACAUAUGCACUCCGGAAAAUAUAUCUCUUAUCGUAAUGUUUAUUGCAUGGUAGGCAACAUGCUGAUGUCCAAACUAACCACAUUUGAAUUUGACAACGAGUUUAUGUUCAAUACAUUUCCAUGGACCGUGAUAAGUUCAUGUCCAAAGCCUGUUACAGUCGAUUGGUUCAAUGCUAACUCGUUCUUACAAUAUACAAGAGACGUAAACUGCACACACUCUCUUCAUCCACAUGGAGGGUCUGUCGUGUGCGAGGAGAAAUUUGUGGAUAUUGAGAAAUGUAACGAGACUGGAACGUGGCGGUCCUUUGAUGCAGAUGUAUUAAAUGCUUGUGAAAACAUUGAAGGCUUUCGUUUUCCCAUUCUGUAUGAUAAUGCUUUGAACAUAUCUUACAGAAACAAAUUUUGCAAGAUCUGUAAUCCGCAUUUUAUACCCAAGGAUCAAACUUCAAUAACAGAAUGUGGCGUUAAUUGGCCAGUGGUAGACUCUAACGUAUCCAACUCAUGUAACCUUCUUCCAGAUGUACACGUUUGUUCGAAGUUCAAGAACGCUGCCUGUGAAAUGUGCAAUGGUAAUCUAGGAUGUGAUAUUGAAUAUAGCAAAGAGAAAAAUGCAGGAUCAAUUAUUGACGAAGAAAUAUUACCAGUUAUUAAGUCUUAUAGAUCCAUGUUUGCAUUGUCUUCAUUUGACUCUAUCCAGGAAAAUCCACAAAAAUGUUCUAUGUUGAAAUUGUCUUUAGAGGGCACCUGUCGGAGCGUUGAGUGUUUUCCAGGAAAGAUCUACGAUGGAAAUGCCUGUAUCCCAUUAAUAAACAGCGCAUCUAAUCUCCGAUAUGCCAUUUAUUUAAACAUGAAAGUCACCUUGAAGCAGCCAAAACUUGUUCGGGAGCUGUUGGAUUCAGUGGAGAUUUGGUUUUUUGCUAGAGUAGCUAAUAUUCUUCAGCUAGAUGUAAAGGACAUAGAGUUUGAGAAUAGUACCUUUCUAACGUUAAACUCUUGCAAUUCAUCUACUACAUCAUUCUCAAUCUUUAGUAGGGUAACAAUGCAUCUUUCCUUAAAAUUGACACACAGGUUUAACUUCGAGGUUGGUCUAGCGAAACUUGCUGAAUCAAUUUCUACCGCAAAACUUUCAGACAUUGAAGCUGUAAUUCAUACAAAUCUUGACACACAGUCUGAACUCAUUAACCCCCAAAAUAAAAGAGAAAUGUGUAAAAAUGUUAAAGAAACGAAUAAUACGAGUAAUAUUCCUUUCAGACUCGUACUUGUAAAUGACCUGCUCACUUGCCCAUUGGUCACUCUAAAAAACGACGAGUUUGUGGUAGAGUCUCGGGACAGAAUAAAGUUACUUCCAUCAAAUGUGGUACUUUCUUUCCAGCAUUUUCGUAUAUCUGAAAACGGAAGUUACCAAACUUGCAUUAGAAAUACUUACAUCCCUUUAGCUAUUAAUGAUUCUGAUAUUUUCAGUCCAUUAUCCAUUUUAACAGGAAGUUGCAUCAUGCUUUCACUUGUGUGUCUCUUUUUAACUUUUGUAACGUACAGUUUGUUUGAUAAUCUCCGAACUAUCCCUGGUAUCAAUAGCAUGAACUUGAUAGCAACAUUGUUUUUCUUGCAGCUUCUCAUUUUAACUAGAAAGUAUUACUUUAUCGCAGGAACAAGUUUAAAGGUCCUGCUGCUGGUGUUAACUCAUUAUAUUCUACUCUGCGUUUUCUUUUGGUUAAAUGCAAUUUCUUAUCAUAUGUUUUGUGUCUUUACUGAAAGACUCAUAGGUAUCUCUAGAGAAGAAAAAUGGAAAAUUGUUUUAAAGUAUACAAUAUACUCCUAUGCUUUACCACUCUUUAUUGUGUUAGUCAAUGUUAUCUUUUUCGUCAUCAGUUCAAGCGGUCAAAGAUUCGGUUAUGGAGAAAACGAAACAUUGGUCGAUGAUAAAAUAUCCUACGUUCUGACUUUUAUUUUACCAUUAUCGAUCAUCUGUCUGGCAAAUUUUGGCUUUUUUUCUGGUACGGUUUUUAAGAUAAAAUCAAAUCCUAAAAUCGAAAGACAAGACCAAAACAGACUUCAUUUUGUCUGCUUUGUAAAGCUUUUUGUUCUAACGGGACUAACAUGGGCUUUUCAAAUCGUCGAUUCCUUUCUUGAACUGUCGAUUUUGUCCUAUGCUGUGGCAGUACUUAACGGCUUGCAGGGAUUCUUCCUGUUUUUGAGCUAUGUGUGCAAUGCCAGAGUUUGGAGAAUGUACAAAGGACUUUGGGUGUCUUAUAUCUCUGGGCGUUUGAGUGGUUUUUCAACAGAUUCGACCAAACUCUAAAGACAUAAGAACAUAUUGACAGGAAAAAGGAGCUCGCGUGAUUUUCUUGCAUGUUAAUUUUCGUGAGAGAAUCAUGUAAGAGCAGAUGCAAAGUUUCUCAUGCGAAUAUUAUGCGAAUUAUUUUUCGAAUGGUUUUCAUGCAAUUAGAUAUUUGUGUUAAAUUCAUAUAAAACUUAUGUGAAUUUCAAACUUAUGAGAAUUAAAUCAAUCCAUAACACUGUUCAAACUUUCCAUCAUUCAUAUGUUGACGAAAUAGUUUUUUUUUUGAAAUUAACAAAUAAUGUUUUAAAAUUAACUACAACACUUUCUUAAUAUAAUUAACAAAACAUAGAGUUUGAUAACUUGUGUGACACUCAAUUUCCCUUGUUUCGUCUUGCACAAAAUUAAAAACUCAUUAUCACAACUAAUGUCAUUGUCAUUUUACUUGUUGUGUGUGUGUGUGUGUGUGUGUGUGUGUGUGUGUGUGUGUGUGUGUGUGUGUGUGUGUGUGUGUAUUGCAUAUGGGUAUUGGUGAGUAAAACUUAGUUGUAAUUCAUGUAAAAAAAUCUCGAGUUGAACUUCGAUGGAUGUUUAUAUGUUCUGUUGUCCACUUUACAUGUUGUGAUAUAUCCAACAUAUGCAUUGGAAUAACUUUAAAAGUUUCUUUGGGUGUUGUAUGAAUGUUUGAUAUUGUUACGUAUGUCCACACCGUUCGUUCUCUUAUUCAGAAAAAUCAAGUUUGUUAUCAAGUUCAUUUCUUAGGAAAAUAUUAUAUUCAUGCAAAAUUACGACCAAAAUUUGUUCUCUGGCAUUGUUCUAAAAACGAAUAUUUGUUGCUUAUUCAAUGUGAUGUUACAAUUUUUUUUUACUACUCUUGCUGUAGUCAAUUAAAUCUAAAUUAUUGUAUGGUAUUUGAAAAUUAUUCUUCAUUUAGACGCCAAUAUAAUGCAUGCGGGGGUCAAGGGCAUACCAUUGUGCGCUUAUUUAUAAAGUUUGUGAUACAGGGGUGUCACUCAAUCAGACUAAAGAAUACAGCUAAAGAUGUUCACAAAAUAUAAACGAAGGAUGAAUGAAUCAGAACUCCGUCAAAUCACAUAUGAAAGUUACGGAAGUUAGACCACCGAGAAAUUAGGAAAAUAUGAAUAUGGUUAUUUACUGCUAUAAAAGUUAUCGCUAUUUUAAAUGGACAUGUGGUGAUACAUGUAACGCACGGGGUUCGAAUUCAGAAGUCCAAAGGCAAAAUACAAAACAGGAGCAAAGCAAACACGGACAUCUAAAAAAUAGGUAGGAUCAGGUGCCAUGGAGGAGUGGGCAUCCCCUGCGAUUUAAAAAAAAAAUAUUUUAUAAAAAAAAAAAACCGGUAAAUUUACAAAUGGCGUGUCUAUUACCAGCAUUGAGGACAUAUAUAAAAGUUUAACCAUGUUACAAUGUACCUGCUACAAUGUAUAUUCAAUAAAUGAUUAAUAGUUAUUUUAAAGUGGUGUGGGACAUCUCUCUAUUAAUAUGGAUUAAAGUAAAUUAAAAUUAGAAUGCUUUCACCUUUUUAGAAUUUUCAAAAUUUACUUUUUUUUUGCCAAAAAUAGCUUUCAAAAAUAUUUAGAGAGGUAAAGAUUUGAAAACUCCCCCAGCGGGUUUGGAACUCAUGAGUCACAAGUUCGUUGAAAACCACCUGACCCAAUGCGCUACUCCGUUAGGUAACUAUGUUGGGAAGAAAACUACUCAUAUAAUUACAUUUGAUUUUAUUGUGUGUUUCGAUAAACAAUACGUCACAACAUGAAGGUGUCCAA